UCUUUAGAUUUUGAGUUUCUUACAAUCAGAAAUGGAAAAACGAAUGGCGAUAAUCGGAGCAGGAAUAAGUGGUCUUCUUGCCUGUAAAUACACUCUCAACAAAGGAUUCAAGCCAACUGUGUUUGAAGCAGAAGCAAGAAUUGGAGGAAUUUGGGCAAGAACUAUGGAAUCAACUAGACUGCAAAACACUAGAGAACUUUACCAGUUCUCUGAUUUUCCAUGGCCGUCGUCUGUAAAAGAUUUGCAUCCAACUCAUACCCAAGUUAUUGAGUAUCUCGAAUCUUAUGCUGAAUUUUUCAAAAUCUUUCCUUGCAUAAAGUUCAAUUCCAAGGUUAUUGGAAUAGAUUAUGUUGGAGAAUCAUUUCAAGAAAUGGAAUCUUGGGAUUUAUGGGGUGGAAAUGGUAAGGCUUUUGGGUCUAAAGGGAAGUGGCACAUCAAAGUUCAAGAAACCAAAAAUGGCAGACUUAUUAAGGAGUACCAUUUUGAGUUUGUGAUUCUUUGCAUUGGACAAUAUGGUGGCUAUCCAAAUAUUCCUGAGUUCCCUCCAAAUAAAGGGCCUGAAGUGUUUAAGGGCAAGGUGAAGCAUUCAAUGGACUUCUCUGCUCUGGAUGAUAUGACUGUUGCAAAUUUGGUUGAAGGAAAAAGAGUUGCAAUAAUAGGUUUCAAUAAAUCUGGAGCUGAUAUAGCAGCAGAAUGUGCGAAUACAAAUGGAGUCAAGUACCCAUGCACAGUAAUUCAAAGGAGUGCACGUUGGUUUAUGCCUAGUACCUUCUUCUGUGGACUUUUGAUUGGUUUUUUGUAUGCUAACCGUUUCUCACAACUGCUAGUUCAUAAGCCCGGCGAAACAUUUCUGUUAGCUCUCUUGGCCACUUUGCUUUCACCUUUGAGAUGGGCAAAUUCAAAAGUCAUGGAGAAUUAUAUAAGAUGGAAUUUUCCAUUGAAGAAAUAUGGAAUGCUACCCAAACGGAGAUUUGAUGAAGAUUUCUCUACUUGUCAAAUGGCAACGCUGUCUGAGAAAUUCUUCGAGAAAUUAGAAGAGGGAAGUAUUUUUAUUAAGAAUUCAAAAAGCGUUGGUUUCUGUAAUGAAGGUCUAAUUAUUGAUGGAGAAGCCCAGCCAUUAGAAGUAGAUGUUGUGAUUUAUGCCACAGGAUUCAAUGGCCUUGAAAAGCUUAAAAUUAUUUUUGAGUCUUCAGUUUUCCAGGAAUAUAUACAGGCUGCGGCUCCAGUUCUUCUCUACAGACAAGUUCUUCAUCCUCGUAUACCUCAAUUAGGAAUUAUCGGAUACAAUGAAAGUUUAUCAAACUUGGGAAACUCUGAAAUGAAAAGCAUGUGGUUGGCACAUUUUCUUGAUGGAAGUCUUAAAUUACCUUGCAUAAGAGAGAUGGAAAAGGAGGCCAAAAUGUGGGGAGACCAUAUCAGAAAAUAUACUGGGCGAUACUAUAAGAGAGCUUGUAUUAACGACACUGGUAUUUGGUACAAUGACCAAAUUUGCAAGGACAUGGGCUACAACCCCAGAAGAAAAAAUGGGUUUUUAUCAGAUUUAUUUAUUCCAUAUGCACCAACAGAUUAUGCAGGUCUUACAAUUAAGUAAGAACAUAUUAAACCUGUGCAAUCUAUGCAAACCCACAAUAAUUAAUUCAUAUGAAUCUAUUGUAAUGGCUCUAGAAUUAUAGUUUUAGUCCUGUAAUUGGAACUGCGGAACCUACAGUUAUUUCCAUUUUUCUUUUAACCA